AUGGAGAGUUUGCUGUUUGGAGAUUUGCAUCAAAAUCGCCAUCGACUGUCCGUCUGUGGAAAGAUAAUCUCGUUUAACUGCAAACGUGCUUCGCCCACAAAUGGCAGCGACUUCAGUGAGUUAUUGUUCCACAGCCUUUCAUUUAAUCGGGAACACAACGCGUUCCUGAAGGCAGCUGACGGAGCAGCUGUCAUCAGCAGGAAGAGGUCAGCGCAUGUUGAUGUUGUGACAUGUAAAUGUGCCGUGGAUGUUCAGAAGAGAGUCACCACACCGUGUGUCUUAGUGGAAAAUAAGAGAGAGGAAGCGGAGAGUGUCCAUUAUAGUCUUCUCUCACUGAGCAGCUCAAAUCGACUGGAGCCCCUCAUUGAGUUUAAACUUCCUUAUGAAAUAAGGGAAAACGUGUCUAUCCUCCAGGGCCCCACAGUGUUGUGGAGCCAUGCUGGCAAGGUCUUCUAUACAUCUUUGCAGGUUGGAGAGGUGAGACAGAUCCCCUUUCAGUUGUCCCAUAGUGUUUUUGGGGAACUUCCUCUUCCCAAAGGGCAAACAUUUGUUCUUGGACUGCAAAAAUGUUCAGAGCCAUGCUCUGAUAAUCAGUCCACUAGUCAAACCCUGGGCUGUUUUGUUGAGAGUGGACUGACGUUUGAUGGCUCUGUGAUUUUACCUCAUCCCUACAUUUGCAUCACACAGUGCCUCUUGGUACUGUCAGCGGACAAAGUGGAAGGUGUCCUGAAAUCUGCUGUGGUUGCAGCAACUUCUACUCGACAACUUGUUUAUUUCGAGGAUGGCAUGGUAAAAGACACAUGUCAGGUCCCAUUUGAUCAACCUGAUGAUAUUCAGGUGGUCAACACAGGAAGAAACGGAGUCCUCUUUGUCAUGUCUUUUCACCAUGGUCAUGUUUGCGCUAUAUGGAAGGAAACUUUUCAGAUAGCCUCCCACUGGUCAGGUGUCAGCUCCGUCCACGUCGACGACUUCUUGGGAUGUGGAACAGACCAGAUGCUGUUGAUUUUUAAAGAUGAAGGUGCAACAGGGCAACCACUGGAAAAUUUCAUCAUCACUGACCUCUGUGGCAUUUUGUUUUCUCAUGGCCAGGACAGCAAUGUGGUGAAGUCAUCUCCUCCUCCACCUGAGAACUAUCUCCUCACUCUUCGAGCUUUAAAGUCCAGACUUCAGAGUGGAUUGAUGGUGCUUCAAGAGCUUCAAAGAGAAGUAAGAGUGAAGGAAAAAGUUCUGCGGCAGUCAGUGCAAGCCCUCACUGAUGUUGUAUCAGAGAGAGACACGAUUCUUACCCAGCCCGAGCAGGAAGGCCUUAUUGCUCUGUGGGACUGUGAUGAUGAGUCAAUGGAUGAGGUCUUGGAAGACAAGACGCAAGACAUGCCAGCAAUGUCUUCAAAACCUCAAGUUGACAAGAUAUGGCAUCGCAUCGUUGAGGACCAAAUGGUUGUGGGAGUGAUACUAUCUACUGACAGCUCUGUACCAGCGGCCAGUGUGAGUUUAUCCAUCCUGACAGAGACGGGACAGAGCUCAACGCCCGCAGUCAUCCAGACCCAGAGCCAAGUGUUCUGGCUCCCCGCUCCCAGUCCCUCAUCAUCAUCCUCCUCCUCCUCUGCCUUCAUGUUCCUAGAGCCAGCAGCCAAAAGAACCAAGCAACACAACGCCAGCAGACCAAAUGAUCUCAACACAUGCAGACUGGCUGUGACUGCUGUGACCAGGCUGACACCUUUGUUGAACUCUGGCCGUGUCAAGUGCCGUGUCAUGCUCCAUUACGUCCAGAGAGAAGAUGCCACUGCCCUCGUGAGCAACCCAACACCGGCUGUCCUGCACUGUGGUCAAGUUAUUUUAGACAUCCACAGUGAUUUUCAAACCAAACUGUUGAAAAACCCUAAACUCAAAUCAGAUGAGGUUACAGAGGACUUGCUGAGUCUGUUGGUGGUGCUGGACCACUGGGUCUUCCACAUAGCUUCUCCUGAUUACAGCGUGGCUGAUAUCGAUGGCUGGAUUCAGAAAAGAGUGGGUUGUGAGAGGAUAGAAGUGAGCCCUCAGUAUCUUUUGUUAAAUUCGUCAGGACCAUCUGCUGUCAUGCUGCUGCACUGGCAUCAGAUAACCCCUUUCCAGGGGGAACUGUCUAUCCACUCCAGCCAGUUACCGAUGCUCCAGUUCCUGGACUCUCUGUUGGCUUACCUCCCUGCAUCCUGCUCUGUCCAAUCUGUCAAAGGAGCACGGGGGCAGGGUACAUCUCAAAUAUUUUCUUUGACGUUGGAAAAAGAGGUGGGGUCACUCAGAGAGUUUGUGUCAUUACUGCUCUGUGGAGAACAGGAGGAUGAAGGGAGUAGGAGGAGGAGCACUGGACAUGAGGAGACUACUGAGCCAGGUUCUGUAGAGGGGCUCAGAAGGUGUAGAGAGGUGUGGCAGCAGGACGUGGAGAGGAGUAGGAUGAGGUUGAGCCCCCUGGUGGAUGUGGGGAGAUAUCGCAAUCUUAUCCAAAGCCUCUUUGAAGUCCAGCUUGACGGGGAUUUGGCAGCUCUCAUAGAGACCCAGAGAACUUUGCUCAGCUAA